GGAUUGGGUCAUUCUCACCAGAGGGUUCUAAUAAUAUUAUUUCCCCUGCUUCUCCUUAGUCAUUCAUUGAAAAAGCUAUAAAUACUAAGGUAAGCAAACCUUAUCAUUUGUAGAUUCAUAGUUCAAAGACAACAGAAAAUGACGCCAUCUCCUCUAUCCAUUUUUACUCUUCUAAUAUUAUUAACUUGUUUUCAUAGAAGACUACUGCUGGUUCAUGCAGCUGAUUAUGAUUUUAGUUACAUGAAAUCGGUUUACAACGCAACUGAUCUACCGUUAGUGGAAGAAUACGAUUACAUCGUGGUAGGAGGUGGCACGGCCGGUUGUCCUUUGGCAGCAACUCUAUCAGAGAAGUACUCAGUUCUUGUCCUCGAAAGAGGAAACGUACCUAAAGCUCACCCCAAUACGUUGGUUGCAUCUGGAUUUCUGCCUAAUCUCAUUGAAGAAGAUGAUGGCAAUACACCAGCGCAGAGGUUCACGUCGGAGGAUGGCGUGGAGAACGUAAGAGGUAGGGUUUUAGGAGGGUCAAGCAUGAUCAACGCUGCUUUCUUUUCGGAAGCUGACAACGAUUUUCUUGCCAAGUCUGGUGUGGAAUGGGACAUGGAUGAGGUUGAGAAGGCGUACGAGUGGGUGAAAAAGACUAUAGUGUCAUAUUCGAAUUUGUCAGUUUGGCAAUCUGCUGCGAAGGAAGCUUUUUUGGAGGCUGGCAUUGGUCCUGACAAUGGAGUCACAACAAAACAUAAGCUUGGAGCUAAACAGUCUGGCUCUACUUUUGAUGAAAUGGGGCGAAGACAUGGAGCUGUGGAGUUGCUCAAUAAUGGAGACCUCAAAAACUUGAAAAUUGCAAUUCACACCCCCGUCGACAGAAUUCUCUUCUCCUCUAAAUUCUCAAAACCAACUGCUACUGGAGUUAUAUACACUGAUACAAAAGGCGUGUCUCACAAUGCUCUAAUUCGUAAUAAAGGAGAAGUGAUACUAAGUGCAGGUGCACUUGGAAGUCCUCAACUUUUGCUACUUAGCGGAAUCGGUCCUCAAUCAUACCUCUCAUCAAACCAUAUUCCCAUAGUUCUCUCCCAACCAAAUGUUGGACAAUUCAUGGCUGAUAAUCCACGUAACAACCUUAAUCUCGUAAUCCCAUUCCCAUUGGAAGCAUCAACGGGACAAGUUGUAGGAAUUACUAAAGAUUAUUACAUUGAGACCAACUCCUAUAGCUUGCCAUUUUCACCGACUACAUUACCUUUUGGCUUCUACCCCAAUCCAUUAUCUCCACAUCAAUUGACUCUAACAGUCUUUGUAGAAAAAAUUGUUGGGCCCUUGUCCACGGGUUCUCUCCGGUUAGCCUCCACAACUGAUGUUAAAGUCACACCACAUGUCCGGUUCAACUACUUUUCUAACCCGAUUGACCUUGCUCGCUGCGUUAGCGCGAUGAAGAAGUUUGGAGAGUUGCUGAAGACUAAGUCCUUGGAUCGAUUCAAGUACAAGGACUUGAAUGGUGUCAGGGAUUUCAUGUUUUUGGAGCCUCUUUUGCCGACCAACCAAUCGGAUGAUUCGUCAAUGGAAGACUAUUGUCGAAGCUCGGUUACAACCUUUUGGCAUUAUCACGGUGGGUGUCUAGUGGGGAAGGUUGUCGAUGGUGAAUUUAAAGUUAUUGGAGCCAAUUCACUUCGAGUUAUUGAUGGUUCAACUUUUAUUAUGUCUCCUGGGACCAACCCUCAAGCCACCCUAAUGAUGAUUGGCCGUUAUUUUGGACUGAAGAUGCUAAGAGAAAGAUCAGAGUGACAAUUAGAAAUCUCAUGAGUUU